GGUUAUUUGGGGUUAUAUCACUUAUAUUAUUAUUGCACUUAAGAUUCAUCCAAUACAAAUAAUUCCCGCGUUUAAAAAUGAAGCCUUACUCAAUUAUAAAAACUCCUGCAUGUAACUGUUUUGUGUUUAUUCAUACUUAAACUCUUGAAAGUGACGUUGAUCGUUUCGAAAAAUAUUCAAAAUGCCGCAAUUAGCAAACUCAAACGACAUAGAAAACCUCAAGGAAAAUAUGGAGAAAAUUAACAUGAAGUCUGAGGAAAUUGGCGGGAAGACAGAUAAUAAUGUUCUAACAGAAAACUCAGUUAAUAUAAUUAAAAAUGAACAAAAUACUUUUAAAUCAAAAACUGUUGAAAGAAAAACAGAAGAACAAGCUGAAUUUGAUCCUCAACUUGAACCUUUACUACGAGAAAAUCCACGUCGAUUUGUGAUAUUCCCUAUACAGUAUCCUGAUAUAUGGCAAAUGUACAAAAAAGCUGAAGCAUCCUUUUGGACUGUUGAAGAAGUUGAUCUAUCUAAGGAUAUGAAAGAUUGGGAUUCAUUAAAAGAUGGCGAACGCCAUUUUAUAUCCCACGUAUUAGCAUUUUUUGCUGCAUCAGAUGGAAUUGUAAAUGAAAAUUUAGUUGAACGUUUUAGCCAAGAAGUUCAGCUCCCUGAAGCUAGAUGCUUUUAUGGUUUUCAAAUAGCCAUGGAAAACGUUCACUCUGAAAUGUACAGUCUUCUCAUCGACACCUAUAUUAGAGAUCCUCAUCAAAGAGAUUUUCUUUUUAAUGCGAUUGAAACCUUACCUUGCGUAAAACAAAAAGCUGAUUGGGCACUUAAUUGGAUUUCAAGUAAGAAUGCUACAUUUGGUGAGAGAAUUGUUGCAUUUGCAGCUGUUGAAGGUAUUUUCUUCUCUGGAAGUUUUGCAGCAAUAUUUUGGUUGAAGAAACGCGGUUUAAUGCCAGGACUCACUUUUAGUAAUGAGCUUAUUUCCAGAGAUGAGGGAUUACAUUGUGAUUUUGCUUGUCUUAUGUUCAAAUAUUUAGUACAAAAACCUUCCAAAGCUCGUGUAACAGAAAUUAUUAAGGAUGCAGUUGUAAUAGAACAAGAAUUUUUAACGAAUGCCAUACCAGUUCGCUUAUUAGGCAUGAAUUGUGAUUUAAUGUCACAAUACAUAGAAUUCGUUGCAGAUCGUUUAUUAAUGGAAUUAGGUUGUUCCAAAGUUUAUAACUCACCAAAUCCAUUCAGUUUUAUGGAAUUCAUUUCUCUAGAAGGCAAAACAAAUUUCUUCGAACGUAAAGUAGGAGAGUAUCAAAAAUGUGGUGUAAUGACUUCUCGCCUGGAUAACGUGUUUAGAUUAGAUGCAGACUUUUAAACGCAGCUGCAGUACAAUUAUUAAUAGUUAAAAUACCUAAUUUACGUGAUUUUUUUAAAUUAUGAUUCUUGAAUUGACAUUAUUUUCAAGUUUCCAUAAAUUAUUUUUCUGUUGCAUUGAUUAGCUGACAUCACAGACAAUUCCUGCAACUUCUUCCCGACAUCUGUGAAUGAUAUGCAUACAAUUACGAGAAAGCUUUUAAAAUUUUGAUACCGACACUUAUUUUCUAUGUAAUUAUCUUUAAAAAAAUUUCAGUUUUUAAUUUAGAAAUUUCAAUAUCUUUUAUCUACAUUAAUUUUCAGAGUUAUAUUUGCAUAUGCACUAAUAUCGAGUUAAAUUUCGAUUUUGCCCCACUUUCCUAAAUCAGUUUUUUGUAUUUUUAAAAUACGUAUUUUCGACUACCAAGUACUCAUCAUCAGUAAGAAUUAGCUA